AUGUCGUACGACGUGGGCGCGACAUUUCGCGGUGAGAACUGCGACGAGUGCGUGUGCAAGCUCGGCGGCGUCACCGACUGCAAGCCCGUCAAGGAGUGCAAGUGUGCCCCGACCUUGGUGCCCAAACUGGUACCCAAACCGUCUUGCGAGUGCUUCUGCGAGCCGUGCCCUCCUGGCACCAGGAUCUGUCCCACCAGCAAGUUAUGCCUGGCGCUGGACAAGUGGUGCGACGGCCUGCAAGACUGCCCUGAUGAUGAGAAGGAAUGCUCCACCACCACCAUAACCACGCCCAAACCGACGACAUUGGAGCCGACGAUUGUGACUACCGUUCAGCCUACGGUCAGCUUCACUGCUGCUACGAAGACUGAAAUCAGUACUACGCCUAAACCGCUAGUGUGCCCAGUAGUAGAGUGUCCUCCGAACUACAUCGUCCGCUACACCACUCCUUCCAGCCACUCCCGCUCCUACACGUCUGACAUCCCGCCGCCGCGUCCGAGGUACUCCUACCAGCGGUACCAGCAAGGAGGGUACGCUAAAGGCGGGUACGCCAAAGGAGGGUACUCGAAGGGAGGGUAUUCUAAAGGCGGGUACUCGAAAGGAGGCUUCUCUAAGGGCGGAUACAAUCCUGUAUUACCAACAUCGCAACCAAACCAGGCGUUUACUCUCGACAAGCCAACCCUUAACCCAGCUCAAGACCUGAAGAAGCAGGAGUGCCCUCAGUUCAAGUGUGUCCCGCAGCUGCCGCCGCCGCCGCGGCCGGGCUCCACGCCGGCGCCGCUCGUCUGCUCGGCGCCCGCCUGCCCGCCGCGCUACUCGCUGCGGCUGGACGCCGGCUCAUGCGGCCCGCAGCGGCCGGGCUCCACGCCGGCGCCGCUCGUCUGCUCGGCGCCCGCCUGCCCGCCGCGCUACUCGCUGCGGCUGGACGCCGGCUCAGUAGCGCCGCAUGAGUGCCCGCAAUACUCAUGCGUGCCGCCGCCUGAAAGACUUGCCUUCUGCAACGUGACGGAGCGCGCUGUGAGCACGUUCGACGGCGCCGACUACAAGUAUGACCUCUGCUUCCACAUUCUGGCCAGGGACAACCGGUUCGAUGCCUGGAGUGUGCUGGUCCGCAAGAAGUGCCGCCUCGACGGCUGCCAGAACGAAUUAAUCGUGCACCAAGACGACCAGCUCAUCAAGGUCAAACCAAACCUCAUGAUCGAGUACGACAACUACGAGUAUACCGUCGAACAGACCACCAAGAUUUGCUUCCAGAAGAACAGUUUCGAUGUGGCCAAGCUCGGGAAUGGACUGUCCAUCAAGUCGAGGCGAUACAACUUCACUGUGCUCUACAAUACGGAUGGGGACAUCAAGAUUGGAGUAUCCAAAAAGUACAUGGGUACGGUAGACGGUCUCUGCGGCGCUUUCGACGGCUCCCUGCACAACGAGCGGCGCCUCCCAGACGGGUCUUUAGCUGCGAACAGCGACCAAAUGGCCCGCGCGUGGGGAAGGCCUGGUCUGCCCAAAGACGCUUGCAAGACGAAGGUCAUCGAUGAGACCAAACAGAAGAGGGUCUGGGAGCUGUGUGACGUCAUCACCCAAGAACCGCUCGCGAAGUGCGGUAAAGUUCUCAGCUUAGACAAAUGGCGCAACAUCUGCUUGGAGAAGAUCUGCAAGUGCACCGACCUCAUAGUGAACGGCACCAAGAAGACCGAGGAAGAAUGCCGCUGCCUGCUCGUGGAGAAACUCGUGGCUGAAUGCCUCGCGGCCGAUAAGGAUGUCGAUAUAUCCGAGUGGAGAAUGAAGCUGAAUUGCCCUGCGGAAUGUCCGCCACCGCUGGUCCACUUCGACUGCUACCGCAAGCGCUGCGAGCCCUCGUGCCCGACACAAGGUGUAGCUCAGACGGACUGCCCGGCGGAGGACGGCCAGUGCUUCCCGGGCUGCUACUGCCCGCCCGGCACCUACCGCCGGGGCCAGCAGUGCCUGGCGCCCGACUCCUGCCUCGACUGCGCAUGCAAAGGCGUGGGCACUCCUGCCGGGUACACGACGUUCGAGGGAGACAGCUUCCCAUUCCUCGGGAACUGCACUUACUUGGCUUCUCGGGACAGGAAUGAGACUGGACAGCAUAAAUACGAGGUGUACGCAACAAAUGGGCCAUGCGAAGACAACGCAAACGUCACCUGCACCAAAACGAUUCAUGUGAUCUACGAGAAGAACGUCAUCCAUAUUAGCAAAGAUGCUGCCAGCAAGAAGUUGGCGACAACAAUCGGCAACGAGCUGGUGUUCAAGUACCCCGUGAAGAAGGACUGGGUCACCAUCAGCCAGCUCAACGGGAGAGACGUCAUGGUAAUGCUGACCGACGCUCAUGUUGAGGUCACAGUGCUGGCGUCGAAGAUGGAGCUAUCAGUUCGCGUGCCAACAUUCUUAUACAGCAACCGCACCGAGGGCCUGUGCGGCGUAUGCGCAGGCUCACACGAACACCUCAUCACUAGCAACGGGACUGAUACUGAUGAUUUUGAGGAGUAUGGCAAGAGCUGGCAAGCUACCCCAUCAGCUCUGACUACCCUGGAGAUCCCGCCGGAACAACAGCAGUGCGAUCAGCCACCGCCACCGCCGCCCUGCACGCCGCCGCCGGCCGAGGAGAACCCUUGCUAUAAUCUCUACAACCCGGAGGUCUUCGGAGCCUGCCAUGCCCUAGUGGACCCUCAGUCCUACGUGGAGUCGUGCGUAGAAGAACAGUGCUCCAUGAACAACAGCGACGUGUGCGCGACUCUAGCACGAUACGCGGACGCGUGCCGGCAGCAGGGCGUCUGCUUGACUUGGCGUUCUGCAGCCCUGUGUCCCUACCCUUGCGAGAAGCCGCUGGUAUACCGGGCGUGCGUGGACUGCGAGCGCACGUGCGACAACCACGACAACCUCGAGAAGCAUCCCGACAAGUGUACUAAUAAGCCUGUGGAAGGCUGCUUCUGCCCCGAAGGGAAGGUGCGAGUGAAUAACACGUGUAUCGAGCCAACCAAAUGCUUCCCGUGCGACGUGGAUAAAGAACACUAUGCUGGAGACGAGUGGCAGGAGGACGCGUGCAAGAAGUGCACGUGCAGCAAGUUACCGGGCGAGGCGCGCGCGCACGUGGCGUGCACCACGCAGGCCUGCAGCGCGCCCGUGUGCGCGCAGGGCGAGGACAUGCUCGCCAAACCCAAACCACCAGGCGCUUGCUGCGACCAGUACAUGUGCGUUCCAAAACCGCGAGCGGAAUGCGAGGAGCCAAAGAAGAUGGAGUGUGGCUUCGGGCAGGUGCUCAAGCAGAAAACCACCGCCAACGGCUGCAAAGAGUUCGCUUGUGAAUGUAAACCAGCCAGCGAAUGCGAACACAUCCCAACUGACGAAGAAGUGGACUUCUUAGAGCCGGGGCUCGAGCGCGUCAUAGACAACAGCGGCUGCUGUCCCAAGGUCAACAUGGUCUGCCGCAAGGAGGCCUGUCCCAAGAAGCCGGACUGUCCCAAGUUCCAGAACCUAGUCGAGUACAAUGUAACCGGGAAGUGUUGCCAGAAAUAUGAGUGCGAACCACCCAAGGACAAAUGCGUGGUGACACUGGAAUGGGAAGCGGCGCCGCGCGGAGGAGAGAAGGCAAGAGCGGAGCCCGAAGAAGUACUCAAAGAUAUCGACGAGGCAUGGUUGGACGGCCCGUGCCGUAGGUGUCGCUGCGAACGCUCCUCGCUCGGGGCUUCGGCGCAGUGCUCUGUGACGGAGUGCCCGGCGUCCCUAGCAGCGAGCCAGUUCGUGCUGGAGCCCCGCCCAGUGCCCUUCGCUUGCUGCCCGGCGCUGGUGCACGUCGCGUGUAGGGACGGGGAGAAUGUGUACCGGGUGGGCGAGAACUGGACGUCGCCGUACGACGUGUGCGAGUCGUACUCGUGCAGCGAGGCGGGCGACGGCAAGCUGGAGAAGCUCACCACCGUCAAGACCUGCGAGACCAACUGCCAGCCGGGCUGGAAGUACUUCCCAGCCGAGGCGUCGUCCAAGCAGUGCUGCGGCAAGUGCAAGCCCGUGGCCUGUGUUGUGGAUGGAAAAGAACACGUCAUCGGCGAACGCUGGACCUCGAAGGACUUCUGCGCCAACUAUACCUGCGUCGACCUUAACGGGACUCUCCAAGUGCAAAGCUCCAACGAGUCUUGCCCCGAUGUCCCGGAAGCCGUCCGCAAGCAGUUCGUACUGAAUGAAGACAUCCCGCCCGGACAGUGCUGCAAGAAACAGGAGCCAGUGGCUUGUCGAGUUGGCAACAAGGUCUACCAGGAGGGCCAGACCUGGCCUUCAGACGACCCGUGCAAGAACUUGACGUGUUCCCGCGACGUCACAGGGCGGUUAACACAUGCGGCCAGCGUGGAAGCGUGUUCAUAUGAAUGCAAGCGCGGCUGGGGCUACCGCGCGCCGCCGCCUGGCGUCUGCUGCGGCCGCUGCGUGCAGGAGAAGUGCUUGCUGGACGACGAGCUGGUGGAGCCAGGCACAACGUGGUACUCCGCUGACAACUGCACAACAUACACUUGCGAGAAGCUCGGCGAGGACCUGCUGGUGACGUCAGCGCGCGAGACGUGUCCCGACGUGUCGGACUGCGACCCCGAGGACCUGGUCAACGACACCUGCUGCCAGGUCUGCAAGGAGAAGCCCAUGGCGCUGAGUACGUGUACCCCAACCCUUCUGGCGGGCCCGGCUUCGGUUGGUGCCAUCCGCGCGGUGCUCAAACCGCACGGCGCGUGCUACAACGACCGCCCGCUCGUCGGCUUCUACGAGUGCCGCGGGUCAUGCGACUCCGGCACGCUGUAUAAUAACGUGACGGGCAUCCACGACUCCAAGUGCGAGUGUUGCACGGCCACGAGCUACGGCUCCGUGGACAUCUGGCUCGCGUGCGCGGACGGCUCGCGGCAGAAGCACCGCGUGGCUUCACCCAACAACUGCAGGUGCCUCGCGUGCGGCGCCAACGCCUCUGGCUGGCCAGGCAAGAAGCCAACGAAGGGCGGCGUCGACACCAUAGACUACGACAUCCCAGAGAUCUAUCAGCGCAUGCGCAUCCCCGACGCCGGCGCGCGCUAAACAUCGCAACAACUAUACAUAAGGCCCGUAUCACAGAACUACGCUCGAAACUCGAUUCAAUCUCAAGACAUUAAUGCCCUGUGAUUGGUCUAAUACCUAGAUGUAAUGGACAAUUUGACACCAUUCUCCAAUAAUUCGAAAUCACAACUUUUCUAAAAAGACACUUCAUUCUGGUCUUAAAAACUUAAUUAAUUUUAAAUUACCUGUAAAUUACGAUUUUUGGUCGCAUUGUAAUUGAAAAAAGUAGUUUGAGUUGACAAAACAGUGACGUCACUUGCUCGUAGUGACAUAAAAAAUCUAUGGGAGAGUUUCGUUUUGUCAGUUUUAAAAAGUACGUCAAUUAAUUGGUGGUGUCAACAUGUCUAUUCGACCAAUCAAAGGCCUCAAUCUGUGCUUUUUGAUCUCUGUUCUGUAAUACGCACCUAAAACUACUCUUUAUUUUACGAUCUCUACGCAACAACCAGUGCCAAAGUUUAUUAUAAGGACAUAAAAAAUACACACAUGUAAAUUGAUCACAUCAAUUGUAUUCUUGUAAAUAUUCAAUAAAUACUGCUGAUAUAUUAUGGAAGUCUUUUUGUCAGAAUUUGUCGAACAAUAACAGAAUAGACACAAUAAUUAUAUUCACAAAGUAUAGUAUUACAUCUCAAAGCUUCAAUAAGACAAGAAUUCGUUAGAAAGGUAAAAAAAUAGACGAACAUUUACAAAAAAUAAGAUCUAGUUGUCUUUUUGAGUUCUGCAAAAAAUGCGAGGUGAUGUAAUUAACAUUAGCCUUAAAUAACAAACUAGUUAUGCAUUAGAACAACAAAUCAUUCCUUGGAGAUCCC